CUAUUAGCUUUCAACACUUCAUGAAAAAUCUUGCUUAUUCAGGAGCCUUCUCUCUCUCUCUCUCUGUCUCACAUGCACUUAUAGUCCACAUACACUUUCUCUCAUCUUCUACAGGAAAACAGAAAACAAUAUAAAUUACAAGUAGAGUCCAUAAAUCUUCAAACUCAAAAUUUUGAAGUUCUUAGAACUUCAACAAGUUCACCAUCAUGCCACCAAACAGAGAAAACCAGAUGGGUUCAUACUCUAAGGCCAACACUGUCCACAAACCUCCAAUGCUCUCAAUGGGAAGUCUCCAAAGAACCAUAUCUGACAUCUCAGCUGAACUAAGCAGCAGCAGCAGCAAAGAAGCCAUUGAUGAUGGCAUUCAUCUUCCAACUAUAUCCGAGGUUGAGGAUGCCAAGUGUGAGUGCUGUGGCAUGUCCGAGGAGUGCACAAAUGAGUACAUAGAUCGCGUGCGCAGCCAGUUUUCGGGGAAGUUAAUUUGCGGGUUGUGUGCUGAGGCUGUGAAGGAAGAGAUGGACAAGAAUGGAGGCAAACGAGAAGAGGCUGUGAAUGAGCAUAUGAGUGCUUGUGAAAAGUUCAAUAGGCUUGGUAGGGCAUACCCCGUUUUGUACCAAGCUGAGGCCAUCAAAGAGAUCUUCAAAAAGAGUUCAACGGUUAGGGCAAAAUCCAUAAGUCCUAGAGAUAAGAGUGUUCGAAAGGGUAACGGGGGUAUUGCAAGGAGCUCCAGUUGUAUUCCCGCAAUCAACAGAGAAGAACUCAGCCCUAAAUCUUAAACUCUAAUUAAACUCUAAAUUGUAAACCUUUGUAAUUUGAAGGGACUUUUUUAGUUUUUUUCUCUAUGUAACACAACAAGUAUCCGCGUCAAAGGGGUACUUUCCAUUUACAAUAAAUGUAACCAUCUAAUGCUAAUCUUACUUUGAUCG